UACUGGAUGUGUCAGUACAAUCCUCUCUAAGAAAUGUCUUCAGCUGUAAGACGUCUCUGAAGAAUACCGACAUGAAGAUAACUUUUACAGCCUUUGUGCUCCUCAUCCAAACAUCACAAUGUCUGGCUUUAGACGAUUCACCAUUUCAACUGACCAACAAGGACACUGGUUUUUGUUUGAUUAAAACAAAUAACCAAUGCAGUGACAUACGCUGGACAACUGGUGAACGACUUCUGGUUCAACAAAGGAAGAAAUGCCUGGGAGUCCAAGGGAAAAGUGUGGGGAGUGAAGUAAGCCUCUAUGAUUGUGACGAAAACAGCGACCUCCAAAAGUGGGAAUGCAAGAACGGAACAGUGCUCGCCCUUAAAGACCAGAAGCUCUACAUUGAGCUCACUGCAGAUAACACAGCAGUUCUCUCCAAAACAGUAGGACCCAAUAACCACCUCACAAUUACAGGGACAUCCAAUGGUGCAUGUGCAAGAACAUAUAGAGAACUUUAUACUAUUCGUGGAAAUGCAGCUGGACUGCCGUGCAUGUUUCCCUUCUACUACAAAGACCAGUGGUUCUCAGACUGCACGACACUUGACACUCCAGGAAACCAUCUUUGGUGUGCUAUUGAAACCAAAUAUCACAAUGAAAUCUGGGGUUACUGUCCAGUUACCUCAAAAGAUGGCUGGACUAAACACCCAACAACAGGAGCGUAUUACCAGCUCAACACACAAGCAGCUCUGACUUGGCCCCAGGCUGACGCCAGCUGCAAACAGCAGGGUGCGUCCCUGCUCAGUAUCACCGAUCCUCACGAGCAGGCUUACAUCACAGCCCUCCUAGGUCAUGGGGGCAGUAAGCUUUGGACUGGGCUGAUCAUGGAUACAGAACAUAGCUGGAAAUGGUCUAAUGGGAAGCCUUACCGCUAUCUGAAAUGGGACUCGGGACAUCCACUUCCUACUACGGGACAAAACUGUGCUAUUGUUGAUGCUGAUGUACAGUACUCCUGGCAAAGUUCACUUUGCAGCAAGAAACUCGGGUAUAUCUGCUACAGUGAAGCCACCAAGGUAGUGCCUCCACAAGAUGUUGAGGCAGGAUUUUGUUCAAGCCCUUGGAUUCCCUACAGUGGCCACUGCUUCUACCUCAAUCGUACUCAGCAAUCUUGGUCUGAUGCUCAGAGAGAGUGUCUUAAUGAAGGAGGGGACCUAGUCAGCAUCCACAAUGUGGAGGACCAAAGCUUUGUGAUCUCUCAACUUGGAUACACAUCCACUGAUGAGGUUUGGAUUGGACUGAAUGACAGAAAGACAGAGGGACUGUUUGAGUGGAUUGACCACUCACCUGUCAGCUUCACUAGCUGGGAAUUUGGAAAACCUGCUGUCUCCACUGAUUUGAAGGACUGUGUUCUCAUCAGGGGAGAGAAUGGGAACUGGGCUGAUCAUGUUUGUGAGGAGAAACAUGGCUACAUUUGUAUGAAGACGAGUGCCUCAAAACCCACUGGAGAUGGAGUGGAGCAGGACGUCGGCUGCAAAACUGGCUGGAGAAGACAUGGCUCGUACUGUUACUUUGUAGCGACACAGACCAAAACUUUUGAUGAGGCCAAAGAUGACUGCAAAAGCUCAGAUUCUUACUUAGCUGAUGUUUCAAAUGGGGUUGAUAAUGCCUUCCUGGUCAGUUUGGUGGGGAUGAGACCAGAGAAAUACUUCUGGCUAGGCCUCUCAAACCAGAAAACCAUCAAUCAAUUUGUGUGGACCAACACAGACUCAGUGAGGUUUACUCACUGGAAUGCUGAAAUGCCAGGUCAGCAACAGGGCUGUGUUGCCAUGAUAUCUGGAGUUUUUGCUGGUCUCUGGGAUGUGCUGCCCUGCACCAAUAAGGAGAAAUACAUCUGCAAACACCUGGCAGAGGGGGCAGUUUUAACCCCUGCACCACCUGCUUUUGUCCCAACCCAGUGUGCAGACAGCUGGACUCAUAUUGAAUCAACAAACAAUUGCUAUAAGAUAUUUAUGGGGUCAGAACGGAGGACCUGGUAUGAGGCCAGAGAUUACUGCAAGGCCAUCGGAGGAGACCUGCUCAGCAUCCACAGUCUUUAUCAGCAGAGAGCACUACGAAAGAACUAUGGCACAAUCUGGAUUGGACUUAGUGCCCCUGACCCAGUCAUCGGUUAUGUAUGGAGUGAUGGAUCCCCGUUGCAGUUCACACACUGGGAUGAUGGAGAGCCAGACAAUAAAAACAAUUUGGAAUCUUGCGUCGCAUUCAGAAUUGAUAAGCGGACUACGCAUGGGUCUUGGAUGGAUUUACACUGUGAGACCUACAAAGAUUGGGCGUGCCAGAUAGGUAUAGGAGUAAUUCCAAAACAACCUCCAGGCCGUGUCACUCCUGAUUACAAUAGGACCUCUGAUGGGUGGCUAGAAUGGAGGGGGUUCCAGUAUUAUUUUGAAAGUAGGUCCAAGGCCAUGGAAGAAGCUCGUCGCUUCUGCCAAAACAGGCAUAGUGAAUUGGUAACUAUCAACAGUGAAGCUGAAAGUGUAUUCUUAUGGAAACGGAUGUCCAGAAAUAACGGAGAUAGGCCUUACUGGAUAGGCCUGAACGUAGAUCUUGAUGGAACAUUUGGGUGGAUGGAUGGUUCUCCAAUGGUGUUUCAAAGGUGGGAUGAAAAUCAACCUCUUUUUCUACGCAACGAUGAGAAUUGUGCUGCCAUGACUACAUUCAUGGGUUUCUGGCAUGUUUAUAACUGUGGGUAUACAUACAGAGUCAUAUGUAAACGCAGUGGCACACCACCUGCCAAUGCCACUGUAGCACCAACAGUUCCUCCUCCAAAAGGUGGCUGUCCCCAAAACUGGAGAAAAUUGGACUCAAAGUGUUACAACAUCAUUAAUAGUCAGAGGGAGACUUGGUUUGAAGCAAGGACAAAAUGCAAAUCAAUGGGAGGAAAUCUGGCCUCAAUUCUCACAGGACAUGUGCAAGCAUUUUUGGCUGCAAAAUUGGUGGAGGCACCUACCACAGACCUGUGGAUUGGUUUGUAUAAAGAAGGUGACAGUGAAUUUCUCUGGACUGAUGGACAAAAAAUGCAAUACAAUCACUGGAGCAGGUUUCACCAGUAUCACAGAUAUAAGCAGAGCCUAUGUGCUGUGAUGACAACUAAUCUCAAAGCUGGUCCUGGAUUCUGGUUAAAAAAGCCCUGCAAUGACACCAAUGGAUAUAUCUGUGUUCAAAAUGUUGACCCAUCUCUCCCAGACUCCCCUGAACCAACAACAGCCAACUAUUCUUUAAAAGCCUUCAAUGACUCUUUCGAGGCUGUUGCCCAAGAAAUGAACUGGUAUGCAGCCAAAAAGCACUGUGAAGAUGAUGGUGCCAAACUGGCUAACGUGCGAAACCCAUGGUCACAGAUCUACAUUGAGCUGAUGGCUUUGAAUCUCAAAGCUAAUUUGUGGAUUGGACUUAACAAAAUGGAGACUGAUGGAUAUUUUAGAUUUAUUGAUGGCUGGCACAUCACUUUCACCAAGUGGGCUUCCUGGGAACCAAAACACGCCUGUGUAUUUGUGGAUCAGAAUGGAUGGUGGAAAACUGCUGACUGCAAUCAGAACAUGGGCAGCAUUUGCUUGAAGUCUACAGAUGUGCCACCAACAGAGUCAAGCAAUUUCCCAGGAAUCUGCCCCGAAGACCCAGAAAAACCCCGCAAUUCACGGCGGCAACCCAGCUGGCUACCAUUUAGGGCAUACUGUUAUCUCAUCCUCACACAACAGGAUAGUUGGUCAGAGGCAUCUACUAACUGUGUAAGACAUGGUGGAACUCUUGCAAGCAUUGAAGAUCCAAUUGAGCAAAGAUUCAUUCUACGCAAUAUUGAAGUUCUGAAAGACAACCAAGUCGCUUUCUGGAUUGGCUUAUAUAAAACUCACAGAGACACGUGGCAGUGGUUGGAUAACACUCCUAUGGACUACACUAACUGGGAUGGUAAAGUUAACAGAAACUAUGCCGUGAUUUCGCUUCUAGAUGGGAAAUGGUCAACACGAGAAGACUGGGAUGACAGGGGAUACAUUUGCAAAACACCCAAAGUUUUAACAGAAGCACCACAGACGACUGUAAAUCCAACGGUGGACCCUCAAACCCAUGGCCACAAUAUUUUGCCUGUUGUGCUGGUCAUUAUUGCAAUUGCCAUAGGGGCAGUAAUUGCCUUGUUUCUCUUCAAGAAGUCUGGACUCCGCUUACCUAUACCUGGUACCUUUGUCAACCCAAUCAUCUUCAACAAUGAGCAGUCCCAGUCAACACCAAUAAACAUGUAGCAAACGCAGAAAAAAAUAAUCAUGUGGCUGAUUUGACUGUGUAAUAUAAAUACAAGCAGAAUCUACUGGGGCAUAAAAUGUAAAAUUUAUCUUGGGCAGAUGGUUGAUGGCAUUCUGACAAGAAUUUCAUGUAAAGUAUUAAAAUGAGAGAUGUUUCAAUGUAGUUGGCAGUAACUGGAUUUAACCCACAAAACAAUAUAAGAUGUAGGAUGUCUUUUUCAAUAUAAAAUUCUUUGUAAUAGUUAGAAAUUAUGUUUAUUUGUAAAUUUUAUGACAACUAAGAAUUUACUGAUAUCUAUACUUAGUUAAACAAUGGUUUUAUCUGCAUUUUUGUGAAGUGUUGCCACUUUUAGUUGACCACUUCUCAGACAAAAAUAUUUAACAUUUAUAUCCUUUACAAUUAUCUGCUGGUUGUGGUUACUGAUUAUUUCUCCAAGGUUUUACAUGAAAAAUAAACACAUAACAUUGAUUAAUCUGUUGAAUUCAUCUCUAACUAAAUUUAAACAUAUUUAUCAAUUGGCAACAUAAUAAAUCACAUGACAUUAACAAUAAAUCGCCAGCCGUGACAACGUUGCAAUGGCUAGUAUUGUUUUCACCUUUUGAAAGUCUGUGUGUGUGGGUGUGUCAUCCUUGCAGAAUGUGGUGAUGGUGGCACCUAUUGUAGCUAGAACUAACAACAGAAGCCAGUGAGUAUUUUGUCAGGUGUCUCGAUGUCCAUGUGUGUGACUGUUGAUUGCCUAAUGUACUUACCUCAUAACUUAACAUUGCUCACAAAAGGGUGACCUUAAUCUGUUUUGGUUUUCUUUAUUAAUUUUGUAGUGUGUUUAGAGGUUGCUUUCUGUGUUUUACAGUUUAACUCUGCUGAAAGCUACUGGCUUUCAGCAAAGCAUUGAAUGUUAUAAAUCAUACUGCUAAAUUGCAAGUACCAUCUAAUUUGGUGAGCAUUAUCUUUCAUGCAGAACACGCACACAGAACAUGCAUUGUGCAUUAGAAUGGUGCCUUGUCUAACUGGAAAUGGCUACACUGAGGCCUGCUGCACAGUGGCUGUCUUGAACCAAUGCUGCAUUCUAGGGCUGACCCAAAAAAUUCAAAGCUUCAAAGCUUCGUUCGAUGGCACGGGAUUCGAUUGUGAAAAAAACCCUGAAUAUUCUGCCUUUUUUUCUCCCGUUUUCUGGGGGGACCUUACUAAUCACGCCGUCAGUUUACGGUUGUUUUUUUCCACUUUAGCCAUAUGUAAACUCAAAGAACGAGAAGCAAUGUCUGUUAGGCAUUUAAGAUUUCAUGUUCCAGUUCCAGUUUGUGUUUUUAAUUGAUUGAUUGUUUUUGGUUGGUUGACAAAUAAAGGCCAGCCCC